AUAUACUGUCUUUGGGCGUCUGCUCAAGUGCACGCCAGCGCUCGCUACAACUUACCUACUCUAGGUUUCUAAACUUGUGCAACAAUUCGUUCCGGCAGUGAAGUGACAAGUGUAAAAGCACAGCCAGAUCGUUUUUGAAGCUGCCAACGCACGUAUCUAACACCAUGUAAUGUUUACAGAGCGUUUUUCGCGGCUGCGACACAAAGUGAAGCUUGCCUUUGAUCCCGAUGCUCGCGACCGUGCGGUCACUGUCACUAUGGUUCAUCGCUGAACAUCGCGUUGGUUCAACGCGACAUGCGUGCAAUUCAUGUCCAGUGUACCGCUGGGUCGAGCGUCGCAUUUGGUUCAACUAAAGCUGACGUUAUCAUUAAUCGUACACGCUGAAACCCCGGUGGCGACGCUGUAGCGUGAGGCCUAACGAAGACAGCCGGCACGAUUGCUCGGUUAAAGAGCUGUCAUGAACGACUCUCAUGACUACGACGCCGAGGACCUGAAGGAGAAAACGCCUACAGUCGUUCAGAAUUGGUUCCCAGCCACUCUGAAGAAGUGGGAAAUCCUGCUGAGGAUGUUUCAUUGGCUGGUCUGGACGUCCGGAUUGGUUUACGUUCUGGGCUGCUUCGUGACAUGCAAAACGAAUUAUACGUUGCCCGAAGUUGUUCCUGACGAGUUCGUUGACGGUUCUUACGGUAUCCCUCGUGACAAGGACACUGCUGACGAGGAAUGGUAUCGCUACAGCACUGCUAUCCGCAGGUUUUGGCCGUGGGUUUUGGUGCAGCCCCUCAUCAGCCACUGCCUUUUUGCCAAAUGUCACAAAUGGCUUUCAAGUUUUUAUGCUGCGUACAGCACUUUCUUCCUGCUCUACAAUGUUGGCUGGCUGACAACUGCGUCUUUCUACACCCUGUACAUCACCUUCUACAUUACUGCAAAGUACAGAAGUACCUUGGUGUGCUACCUACUGGGUCUCGCUGUUAUCAUCCAUUCAGCCUUCCCUGUGCUAACAUUCCUAAAGCCUGUAUAUCUUUACCAUGGCAGUGUGGAAACUUUCCUCACGCAAGUUGGGCUUUCGUGGACGGCAGCUCGGUGCAUGAGCUUUGCCAUUGAUGCCAUCGCAAGACCCAGCACAAAGAACAAUCCUGAGAUCGACACAUCACUUGCGUACAUCCUCUACUUGCCAGCACUGUUUACCGGCCCCCUGCAGAACUACUCGGACUUCUCCGUACAGGUCACAAAACAAAAGACAGCCUGGUCAGCGCAAGAUAUCAUGUACCCUGCUGUUCAGGUUGGGUUGUGUACACUCUACUACUUUCUUCUUGAGGCCCUUCUUCACUAUUUCUACAGCUCAGCCUUGGCAUACUAUCCUGACCUCGUGGCAGAGAUGGACGAUCCCAGCCUCCUGGGGCUCGGGAUCUGCCUCACGGUGCUGUUCUUCCUGAAGUACCGGAUACUGUACGGGUUUGGGUCGGCAGUGGCUGGCCUCGAGGGCAUGGCACUCCCUCCACCACCGAAAUGCGUGAGCCGCAUUCACCUCUGCUCUUACCUUUGGAGGCACUUUGAUCGAGGGCUCUACCUGUGGAUACAGAGGUACAUCUACCAGCCAGUCGUGGCUCGUGGGUGGACACCACAACGCCGCAUGGUGGGGGCAGCUGCCAGUUUCGCCUUUGUCUGCUCGUGGCACGGCAUGGACCGGGCAGUGGUGGUGUGGUGCACCCUCAACUUUGUUGGAAUCUCCACCGAGCUCCUGAUGGAGGUCAUCAGAAACAAAGACAGCUGGAAGAGGAUCGAGGAAAUCUUCUUCAAUAAAAUGUGGUUGCGAUUCCUCAGGGCUGUCGUCUCCGCACCGCAUUUUCUUUUCUCCAUGUUCUCCUGUAUGUUCUUCCUUAGCAAUGUGGACAUCGGGCUGAUCUUCCUGAGGAGGAUAAUAUGUGGGCCGCUACCUGGCGUCACCCGAGCGGAUGCGGCGGGCCCAGGCCCUGCUGGGAUCUCCGCACUUUCUGCUCACCAUUAUCGCCUCCCUCUUCCACUUGGGAGACCUGGAAGUAAUCCUCGUCAUCUUCAGAAGGGUCGUCACCGGCUUUCCUUUCCCUUUAGUCCCCAUCUUGGUGGGCCUCUACAGCGCCUGCAAUGUUGCCUUGGACGUGGCCGAGUGGGAAGCCAUAGCCAAGAAGAAACAACUUUCCUCGUGAACUACUUAACCGCGCGGCGCUGCAAAACUGUCUCGAACUGCAGCGAUCGUCUUUGAAUAAAACAGUGCGAAAGACGAGUCGAGCGAGCGGCCCAUGUCCCACCCUUCGCGCUCUUUUUCUCAAAGGUGUUACGUUACCAGGUGGUGGUAACAACUUUAUCAAUAUUCUACUCGUGUAAGGUCGGGCAGGCCCGAGUCCUAGGAUUGCCCCUCACGAGGAGUGACCGUUACAUUAAUUAGUUCGCAUACAAACCUUGAUAAUGAUUAUGAUAAUGACCUUGAUGUGUUUGGCGCAUACCCAUUCACGGUGGUUGGCCAAGAGUCGGGCAGACUUUACAUAAGUGUUCAGGUAAUAAAUUUAUAAAUCUAUAAUUUCGACGCAAAAAUUAAAGCGAGGAAAGUUCAAAGCGAUUCAGUAGACAGUCCUCAAAGAAAAAAAGUAUAUGUAAUAUAAAUGAGGCAAUAAAGGAGGAAUGAAAUUAAUAAUACGGUCAACAAUGAAAUCGGUUUCAUUCAAUAAUGGACUUUUCUAAGGCGAUGCAUACAUUCCUGUGUGAGCGCCCAAGCACAGACGCGCCAAAAGACAGCAGCCCUGGAGUGUUCAAUGGCAGGCCGAGCUGUCGCACUGUAAUUUCCAGUGUCAUUUUUCUAAGGGAGGAGAAACGCCGUCAUUCCAUUAGGUAGUGUUCAAUCGUUUCAAAUGAAUUGCGAAAGUGGCACAAAGGGGAAAUUGCCAGACCAGAUCGGGGCAUGUAUAAAUUUAGGGGUGGUACUCGACAACGCAGUCUCGUUCAUGUCACUUCCGUCUGUCUGGUUUUGCAAAAUUUUCUGCUCCAAGGGAAUUGUAAGUGGUGUAGUUCCGAGGAUGAUGUUAGAGUUGAUUUUGAUGCUAAAAGGAUGUGUCUUCUAAACCUGACAGACGUGAAAGUCGUUGGAAGAAGGGUAAGCACAGGGCCGCUGAUAGAAGCCUUGGCCAAGCUGUCUGCCGCUUUAUCCAUAAACAUGCCUUUGCGCCCAGGUACCCAUAUUAAUAGUAAACUCCGCAAACGACUUGGAGCCAGUGAGUACAAAGUGUUUAAUACAUGCGACUCGCCGGAAGCAGUAAGUGAGGUGCACAGCGAUAAAGAGUCUGCGAUUAUUACCGCGGUUCCCCUGGAAGCCUGUAGCAUGCGCAAAGCUAGGACAACAGCUAGGAAUUCCGCUAGGAAUAUUGGAGUGAAGUCGGGAAGCCGAAUAGAAAAUGACCAAUUCAAUGAUGAUGAAAAAAUUCCAACUCCUGCCUUUUCCUUAUCCUGCAAAGCAUCUGUUGCUAUAAUUACGUUUGUGUGGAGCUGACUCAAGUGAUCCUGGAAAGCCGUUAAGAAUAUGCGAGGGAAGCUGCUUUGCAUUGUUUGGGUAUAUGUCAUCAUAAGUAAUAAACAAUGAAUUUGAGAUACUGUU